GACUUGAAGAAGAAGGCAAUUACAAGGAAUACCUCUGAAGUGCAUGCCUUCGGAGAAGGUAAGUUAGAACCGGGACUGUUGCGAAGCAAGUCUUCCUUGGAGGUCCAGGAACACAAGCUUUCAAUGACCUGGAACGAGCGCUUUCCUUUGCAUCCGUCUUCCAGGCCUCGAAUCUUUUGGGACUUCUGCGCCAUGUUUUUCCUGUGCUACGAUCUUGUGAUCAUUCCUAUGCAAGUUUUUGAGAUGCCGCAAAGCGCCUUCCUCGAGGCUCUCUCUAUGACGUGCACAAUCUACUGGACGCUGGAUAUUGGAGCAUCUAUGAACACUGCCGUUUUCAUCAACGGUAAGUUGGUCAGCGACAGCCGAAGAAUUUGUCGACAGUAUGCAAUAACUUGGAUGACCUUGGACGUCAUGCUCGUACUGGGAGACUGGACCACUGUGAUUUUGGGUACUGGUGCUGCAGAUCCAAUGAGCUUGGCGAGAACCUUAAGGACAGGACGAGUGGUGCGCAUGCUGCGAUUGGCACGACUUCUUAGGUUCAUGAAAAUGAAGCGUUUGGUUGAUGAUGUGAAACGCCGUGCCAGCACUGAGUUGGUGCUCUUCGUGAUCAACGUCAUCCAGCUGUUUCUAUCGACAGCUCUUUUGACACACGUCUUGGCCUGCGUUUGGUACCUUUUAGGCAGCAGCGAAACUGAUGGCUGUGUGCACACAGAAGGCUUGGUUGGCAACGAUUUAGGAACCAUCUAUUUGAUGAGCAUGCAGUGGUCUUUGUCCAGGCUGCACCCCAUCUCUUUGAGGGACAAUAUGAAGCUGAAGCUUCCGCAAGAACGAAUGUUUUCAUUGGUCGCCAGCUUUGGAUCGUUUCUCUUUUCGUCCAUUUUCAUCAGUUACAUCACCAACACCAUGGCCAAAUUGGCGAGGUUGUGGAAAGAACGCAGCUCAAAACUGUCAGCCAUAGGAGAAUAUGCCGCGAAUCAUCGCGUAAAGACAACCUUGACAGAACGCGAAGAGGCUGGGGAUUUGUUGAACUUGCUGUGCCAGAUUGCAGAACAAAUCUGCACUUCAAGUUUCCUCGUUGUGCGCCUCCCCAAGAAGAUUUCACCUGCCGUGCAGGUUCAGUGCCGCAAGGAUGGGAGGGUCACAGUGAGUCACACACCCGUCAUUCUUGCAGAGCAAGAAACCCGAGUUCGCAACAUGUACCAAGGUUAUGAGGCAAUUACUGAGACUUACCUUCUUGCUGGCGACAUUGUGUUCGAGCCCAAUGCGGUCAGUUCUUGUAUGUAUCUUUGUGAUGCUGGAAAACUAGUUUAUUGUAUGGAUCUUCGAGCCAUCCAAGAAGGGUGUCCAAUUUGGACUGAGACAAAGCCGCAUCACCGAGGCUCAUGUUGCCGUCGCGGAACAGUGUUGCCCUCCCAAGAGCCUCGCCUUCUCACCAAGGACAGCACAGAACUUUCCGUUGGAGCGUUCUUGAGCGAAGCUGCAUUGUGGUCAUCACACUGGCAGCACACUGGCCAGCUAUCUGCAGCAACAGAUGCGCGGGUCUUGGCUGUGAAGGCAGAAAAGUUUGGCCUCUGCGUCCAGCGAAGCACUGCUGCAAUGUGUGAUGUGGUCAUUUAUGCUCGCUACUUCAUCCAAGAUAUGAACCACAACCUGAUCAACACAGAUCUGCCACCAGAUCAAGUCAAGCGAGAGGACACCGCAAUUUUCCACGAUGUGCGUCCGGUGGAGCCGUCAUUUGGCCCAUCUUGA